AUGAACCCCGCAAACCCCGUUACCUUGGACUCGCUACCAAACGAGGUUUUCGUUCAAAUUCUAUCAGACUUUACUACCCGGGCACUGCUCCCACUCACUUCAGUCAACCACCGAUUCCAUGCCCUAGUGCUAAGAAUCCUCCACUACCGCCUACUACUAAGCACACCACUCGAUGGAUACAAAUUACUGCUGGAAUGCUUUCACCCUAGCUCAAAGCUCACAGAGCCACAUGUCUUCUGUAAAUACCUCGGUACAGAUGGACUGAGCGAACGUCAUGAUGGUGCGGGCUCAUUAUACGAGAAUGUCGAUACCGCCCACCAGCUGGGUAGAGUAACAGGACUAUAUUCUCGCUUUCGCCCAGAGGUAAGCGGCAGCGAAGAGGAACGAGACAUGGAAGACUCCAAGUUCGAUCUCUCGCCAGUUGCUUUAGAUGGAUAUGAGGAGUUUUCACAGUUAUGUGUGGUGGCAAAUAUAGUGCAAGUCAAGCCCGGGACGUCAUUGCUGUUGAGUGCAUCGACUAUUGAGGACGGGGUAGUGCGGUUAUGGAGGGAGUGGUUGCGGCGUCAAAGUGGAGAGAUGAAUAAGGCUCGGACUGAUUUGGAAGACGGCUCUGAAAAGCCUCGGACGUCUUCCGAUGACGAUAUACUAUGGGUGGAUUUGAGCAAGACCGUUGGUCUAAAAAUGCGUGUGCGACCGAAGGCAUGGGAUCCUUCUUUCCCAGUCCUCGUACAUCAGGAUGAUCGAAAUGAUGACUCUUGGGUUGGGUAUGAGGUUACUUUGCAAGAACUUCACAUCCGCUCCACGCGUUUGCUGCUAGCUAUUGAGCAGUCAAAGGAAGAGCAGAAAAUCCAUCAAACCAACGCAAUGAUUAUCGGGGCCACCCCAAUCUCAGUAUCUUGA